AUGCAGACUGGCACCCAGAUGACCAAACUGAAAGGGAAGAAAAAGGGUCUAGCCAGGUUCUUCUACCUGGAUGAACACAAGUCCUGCAUCUGCUGGAGGCCCUCCAGGAAGCACGAUAAGGCUAAAAUAACCAUUGACUCCAUCCAUGAGGUGUGUGACAGGAAGAGGUCUGAGAUCUUCCAGCGCUUUGCCGACAACCGCUUUGACCCCAACUGCUGCUUCAGUAUUUACCAUGGCGACCACGUGGAGUCUCUUGACCUGGUCUCCGCUAACGGAGAUGAGGCCCACACCUGGAUUACUGGCCUGAAAUACGUCAAGGCUGGCAUCAGUGACGAGGACAGUCUGGCGAAGAGACAACGCAAAAGGGACCAAUAUCCUUUACUCUGUCACUGUGGAUUUUGUUUCGUGCUCCAGGCUGGCUGUCGCUGUGUGGAAGUGGACUGCUGGGAUGGACCAGACGGGGAACCUACUAUUCAUCAUGGCUACACCCUGACAUCCAAGAUCCUCUUCAAAGACGUCAUUGAAACCAUUAACAAAUAUGCCUUUACAAGGAAUCAGUACCCAGUGAUCCUAUCCAUAGAGAACCAUUGCACAGUGCCCCAGCAGAAGAAAAUGGCUGAGUAUCUGAUGGAGGUGCUCCAGGACAAGGUGGACCUGUCUACAGUCAAUAUGAAUGAAUUCAGAAAGCUGCCCUCCCCGGAGCUCCGGAAAGGGAAAGUUCUAGUCAAGGGAAAGAAGCUCCCAGCUAACAUUGACGAUGAUGCAGAGGAGGGGGAUGUGUCGGAAGAAGAGAGUGAGGAAGAGGAGGAGGAGGAGGAUGAAGAUGACAACCAGAUAAACACAGAUGGCAACGCUGCUGGCACUGCAGAUGAGUCCAAACCCAAGAAACACAGGUCUAUCAUGGGCAGCUUCAGACGCAAGAGGACAAAGAAGAAGAAAAAGAAUCUAAUGCUCCAUUUAGACGAUGCGGACCAGGAGAACCCCAUCAUGAGAGACAAAACACAAAUUGUGUACCACAGUAAAGCCAAUCGAACGAAAGGGAAGACGAUGAGGUUAUCCCGAGCCCUGUCUGACCUCGUCAACUACACCAAGGCUGUCCAGGUCCAUGACAUUGAAACACAAAGUGGGGAGGAUUGGCUAGUGUCUUCCCUCAAUGAGAGCAUUGUGAACCAGAUCAUGGCGCUGAAGCCAGUUAAUUUGGUGCGCUUCAACCAGAGACAGCUGAUUCGUGUUUACCCCUCCAACUACCGUGUGGACUCCAGAAACUUCAACCCACAGCCCUUCUGGAACACAGGAUGCCAUAUGGUUGCACUGAAUUACCAAACAGAGGGACGCAUGCUUGAACUGAACAGAGCCAAGUUUUCAACAAAUGGCAACUGUGGCUACUUACUGAAGCCCAGGUGCAUGAAUAAAGGUUUCUUUAACCCUAGGCUGGAGGACCCUCUGCCAGGACAAAAGAAGACUCAACUGGUGCUGAAGAUCAUCAGUGGGCAGCAGCUGCCAAAGCCUAAAGACUCAAUGCUGGGGGAUAGAGGGGAGAUUAUUGAUCCUUUUGUAGAGGUGGAGAUCGUCGGUCUGCCUAUUGAUUGCUGUAAGCAGCAGACAAAGGUGGUGGACGAUAAUGGGUUCAACCCCAUGUUGGAGGAGACCCUGGUCUUCACCCUUCACAUGUCACAGAUUGCACUGGUGCAUUUCCAGGUGUUUGACCAUGAUCCGAUAGGACGAACCUUCAUUGGACAGAGGACCAUAGCCUUCGUCAGCAUGAUGCCAGGUUAACGCAAUGUAUAUCUUGAGGGCAUGGAGGAGGCCUCCAUCUUUGUUCAUGUUGCUGUAAAUGACAUCACAGGAAAGAGGACGUUCGUCAGCGGUAAUGUAAGGACCUGGACUCCCAGGAGAGCAGCGGGAACGGCAGCAUGUUACUGA